GCAGCCGCUGCUCCUCCCCGGCGGCCGCCCCCCGCGGGUCCCUCCCUGGCUGCGGGAGACGCGGAGGUAGAGGGAGGACGCCGCCGAGCCCAGCCGCCCGCAUCCGAACCCUUCGCCUCGCCCUGCCGGUCCUCACUCUGUGGGAGGAACAUGGAUAAUCUCAGUGACACCUUAAAGAAGCUGAAGAUAACAGCUUCUGACAGGACAGAGGGCAGUUUGGAAGGAUGCUUGGAUUGUCUGCUUCAAGCCUUGGCUCAAAAUAACACAGAAACAAGUGAAAAAAUACAAGGAAGUGGAAUUCUUCAGUUGUUUGCAAAUCUGUUGACGCCACAGGCCUCUUGCUCAGCCAAAGUUGCCAACAUCAUUGCAGAAGUAGCCAAAAAUGAAUUUAUGCGAAUCCCAUGUGUAGAUGCCGGAUUGAUUUCACCACUGGUACAGCUGUUAAAUAGCAAAGACCAGGAAGUGCUGCUUCAAACUGGCAGGGCCUUAGGAAACGUAUGCUACGACAGCCAUGAGGGCAGAAGUGCAGUUGACCAAGCAGGUGGUGCACAGGUUGUAAUUGACCAUUUAAGGUCGCUGUGCAGUAGAACAGACCCCGCCAGUGAGAAGCUCUUGACUGUCUUUUGUGGCAUGCUGAUGAACUAUAGCAAUGAGAAUGAUUCCCUUCAGGCUCAGCUUAUCAAUAUGGGUGUUAUCCCAACCUUAGUGAAGUUACUGGGCAUCCACUGCCAUAAUGCAGCCCUUACAGAGAUGUGUCUUGUUGCAUUUGGGAAUUUAGCAGAACUUGAGUCAAGUAAAGAACAGUUUGCUAGCACAAACAUUGCUGAAGAACUGGUAAAACUAUUCAAGAAACAAAUAGAACAUGAUAAAAGAGAAAUGAUUUUUGAAGUUCUAGCUCCAUUGGCAGAGAAUGAUGCUAUUAAGCUGCAGCUGGUUGAAGCAGGUUUGGUAGAAUGUCUCCUAGAGAUCGUUCAGCAGAAGGUGGACAGUAACAAAGAGGAUGACGUUGCUGAGCUUAAAACCGCGUCCGACCUCCUGGUUUUAUUACUUCUUGGAGAUGAAUCCAUGCAGAAACUUUUUGAAGGAGGAAAAGGCAGUGUGUUCCAAAGGGUGCUUUCUUGGAUUCCAUCGAAUAACCACCAGCUGCAGCUUGCUGGGGCAUUAGCAAUUGCAAAUUUUGCCAGGAAUGAUGGAAAUUGUAUUCAUAUGGUAGACAACGGGAUUGUAGAAAAACUCAUGGAUUUGCUGGACAGACACGUCGAAGACGGGAAUGUGACGGUGCAGCACGCAGCACUAAGUGCCCUCAGGAAUCUAGCCAUUCCAGUUGUAAAUAAAGCAAAGAUGUUAUCAGCUGGGGUCACGGAGACAGUUCUGAAAUUCCUUAAAUCUGAAAUGCCCCCAGUUCAGUUCAAACUCCUGGGAACGCUAAGAAUGUUGAUAGAUGCACAAGCAGAAGCUGCUGAGCAACUGGGAAAGAAUGCUAAAUUGGUGGAGCGCUUGGUUGAGUGGUGUGAAGCCAAAGAUCAUGCUGGUGUGAUGGGCGAGUCAAACAGACUGCUCUCUGCUCUCAUACGACACAGUAAAUCAAAAGAUGUAAUUAAAACCAUCGUACAGAGCGGUGGCAUCAAGCAUCUAGUUACCAUGGCAACUAGUGAACAUGUAAUAAUGCAGAAUGAAGCUCUUGUUGCUUUGGCACUAAUAGCAGCUUUGGAAUUGGGUCCUGCUGAGAAAGAUCUUGCAAGCGCUCAGCUUGUACAGAUUUUACACCGCCUGCUAGCAGAUGAGAGAAGUGCCCCGGAAAUCAAGUAUAACUCCAUGGUCCUGAUCUGUGCUCUCAUGGGAUCUGAAUCUCUAUACAAGGAAGUCCAGGAUCUGGCCUUUCUAGACGUUGUAUCCAAACUUCGAAGUCAUGAGAACAAAAGUGUUGCCCAACAGGCCUCGCUUACGGAGCAGAGACUUACAGUGGAAAGCUGAGAACUGCCCCUCCCCCUCCUGGCACCAGGCAUCGUCCCAGCUCUGCCUACCCCACUGUUCUCUAUCCAGCUGCUUCUUCAACUCCAUUCUUUACUACAUCACCUGUGCAUGCGUGUAAUGUUCCAGUACCAAUGGAAGAACUGCUAUAGGUACCUGCCUAAUAAGAUUUCUAAACCCAUAGUUAAUGUGAACAUGACUGUCAGAACAAGUCUCCACCCAUAACUGUUAAAUCCUGUAUUUCUGAUGCUUGAACUACAUUAAGUAGAAUGUGCAUGUUGUAGUCCUAUGAUGAUGUAAACUUGGUACUACAUGCUGACUUGCUCCUCACAUGCAGUAAGCUACAUAAUAAUGUACUGGUAAAUUAGAAACAAAGAACGUGGCAGGAUCUGUCUAGCUUAUUUAAAGAUGAAACUGAAGAGUCAGAAGUAGCACCCUAUUUUUUUGGUGCUUGGGAAACACAGUGAUCAGAAAACCCUGUAUGGCUGUUCAUUCAUGAGUCUCUGCCAUUGUCAGGCCUGUUACACCUAGAGUGGAAUAGGUUCAUACUCAUUCUUUCCCUGUGGUUUCUUCUUUUUCUGAACUGUAUCGGCAGUUUGCCAAACAACACGGCAAACCUCCUGAAGCUCCUGUUUCCAUCUUUAACAGACAGUGGUACAGAGGCCCAGUGUGAGCGGAACGUAGGAAGGAGUUAAAGAUGCCCUAGCACACUGAACCACUUUGGACCUUGCCUGUAUUUUAGAUUCUGAUUUGUGUGUAGUUACAUCUAAAACUUCUAUCAGUUAACCAGCAUUGUCAACAUGGGUCUCUAAAACGUCCAUGGCAUUUGUUCAGUGAAGGGAAACUCAGGACGGCUUGUUUGAUGGAGAAUGGACUUUUUUUUUUCCCCCGGUUUUCAUCAUUCAGGAUGAAAGCAGGGAGUUUCGUCUCUCAUACUCCUUUCCAAUGUGCUAAUUCUAGAUAGUCAUAAGAGGAAACCUGAAGUGAGCUUGUCUACACUAAAGAAAGGAAGGCCGGUUUAAAAAGCCAUAGUAGCCAGUCCAGUACAUUCUGCAGAUGGCCUCAUAGCAUUCAUUGUUAGUUCGUCACCUCCACUUUCCCACUGAGAACCACAAUAAUCUCCCAGGCUGCAAGCCAGGACUCAAUGUAAAGACUCUUCUUGGCAAAAUGUAGUGUGCUCGCCACUGCCACUAACCACCACCAAGUGAGUUUUUAGAGCUUUGACACACAAUCUUUAUAAAUUAAUCGGGAUUCCCUGUGACCUGCCUGCCUCCUCACACCCAAGUUUGAGCCCUGCUGGUGUCCUCGGAAGGCUGGGCUCCAUUACAGGAACAGAGGGCAGUGAGAGGCUGCUGAAGAGAGGACCAGCUCCUUCCUCCCCGACAGGAGAUACAUGUAUCUCUGUAUUCUCUAAAUCAGACUUUGCUUUUCACACUUUUAAAUUCAAGAAAGAUUUACUUAAUGUAAGUAAAAACCCCAACUGACAAUUCCCUCUGAUGUCCAAAUAAGGGAACUUUGGUGAGCACUUGUACUUGCUCACUGUAGAAAUGAAUUCUUUAUUGUCUUUCUCCUGGGCUGGAUAAGUGGACUAAUGUUGCAUAAUAUUGUCCAUAUUAAUAACUUAAUAAAUAAAUAGUAUAUGAAACUACA